ACCCAUUUCCCUAAUCAUAUACAUUUUGGCUUUGACUUUCUAUAUAUCUAUCAUCAUGGCUGAGGAGCACCACCAUCACCUCUUCCACCACCACAAAGAGGAAGUUCCCGGUGAGGUUGAUUACAAGAAGGAGGAGAAGCAUCACAAGCAUCUUGAACACCUUGGAGAACUUGGAACUGCUGCAGCUGGUGCUUAUGCCUUGCAUGAGAAGCACGAGGCAAAGAAAGACCCAGAACAUGCUCACAGGCACAAGGUAGAAGAGGAGAUUGCAGCUGCUGCUGCGGUUGGUGCUGGUGGUUUUGUGUUCCAUGAACACCAUGAGAAAAAGGAAGACAAGAAAGAAGAUGAGGAAGCUCAUGGAAAGAAGCACCAUCAUCUCUUUGGCUGAAUCGACAUCAACAUGAUAACAAUAUUCAAGCUCAGAAUAUCAUCAGUGUGUCUGUUUUAUUUUAUAUUCUGCAGUGCCUAAAAAUAAUUUCUGAGCAUGUUUGAAGAGUGUUUUAUUAGUUAUACUUUAUGUAUCUACUAUCAUAUGCUAUAAUAAUGUACAUGUGCAUUAUAUUGGCUAUAUUAAUAACAUAGUCGAGUGAUUUUAAAUUA